AUGGAGCUGGAACUGGUCCAGGGCAUGGAGCUGGGAGUGCUGCUAGGAGCUGGGCGUGGUGCUGGGAGAGGAGCUCGGGGUGGUGCUGGGAGAGGUGGUAGGCGAGGUGCCGGGAGAGGUGCUGGGAGAGGUGCUGGGAGAGGUGCUGGGAGAGGUGCAGGGAGAGGUGCUGCUGUGAGUGGUGCUGGGAGUGGUGCUGUUGAGUCAGGUGCCGGGCGUGGUGCUACUGAGAGUGGUGCUGCUGGGCAUGGUGCUGGGAGUGGCCCUGCUGGGCAUGGUCCUGGGAGUGGUACUGCUGGGCAGUGUGCUGGGAGUGGUGCUGCUGGCCAGUGUGGUGGGAGUGGUGCUGCUGGGACUGGUGCUGCUGGGCAGUGUGGUGGGAGUGGUGCUGCUGGGAGUGGUGCCGCAGGAAGUGGUUAG